AUGCCCACGUCUGCCGCCUGUUUGGGAACACUGUGUAGCGGCUUCGACCGCUUGGUCGAGUAUCGCGGGUCGCAGAGCCAGAUGUUUUUUUUCUGAUUUCUCAAUACUUCAAGAUUCAUUAAAGAUUUCAACAAAAACAGGAGAAUGCCCUUUUAACAGAUAAGAUGAAAAUUCAGUUUUGGAAGUGACUUGGAAAACAAAAAGGGGGAUAAAGGUUCCGAAAAAAAAAAACAUUAGUGAGUCUGCCCCAACAUGGUAACUCCGUAAAAUUUUGCUAAUUUUUCCUGCCAUCAGCAUGGUUUUUUCAAGUUGGUUCACUUCAACGCGAAAACUGAUGUAUUACGAUAUUGGAAUCGUUUUCCUCUUAUAUUUUUUCCUGAUUGACCAAGGUUGGCUCUACCAGAAAAGCAAAAAAACUUUAUGAACUCCUAGAAACAGGAUAGGGAAAAAAUAUUAAGUUUUCACGGUAACUUUCACAUGGUAGUUCAAAAAAAGGGGCGGAUCCUCACCAAAGUUGUAUCAAAAAAAUUUGGGAUCUGGAAAGGUGUUUUUUUAGAGCAAUAAAAAAAUAAAUAAAAAAUUUUUAUACCAAAGACUCAUAUAAUUAAUGUGAAAACGUGUGACAUAUCAAAAAAAUACAAUAGUCCGACCGGUAAAAAAGAAAAAUAUGAUUUUAACUCGAUGAACUUCACGGAACACACGAUUUUCAUUUUUUUUUUUUAAAGUUGCCUUGAUUUUUUUUGCUUUUUCUCGGCCAAAUUUCUUUCUCGCCUCUUCCACUAUUUAUUUUUCCAGAAGCCUAUCGGAGUUCACAUUUCAGCUGUGUGACAAAACUUUUGCGAAGAUUGGAGCCAUUAGUGAGGAAAUAUAACUAUUCGAAGUUUUUUUUACAUCGUCUUUUUUCAGACUCUCCGGAAAUGGAAUAUGCUUUCUUCCACGGGAUAUUAAGUCGAUUACAUCGAAGUGCAGAAAUGUUUUGUUUUUGAAAGAAAAAAACAGAAUUUAGGCACGUUGAGUUUGGACUGUCUUGUGGAAGAGUUAGAAGAACAUUUGUCAGAAAACUACUUCAUUGACGAAAUUGUUUUGAGAAACGGGUAAAAUCCUAUCGAAUUCUUUCAGGAUAUUUUGAGUUUCAUAAGUUUUAAGAAAAGAGGUGCGGGUCAAAGGUCGUGAAAAAAGGGGCGGAUUAGUUCUAUAUUCAGUGGAACAUGAUGGAGAUACAGUGAAGGUCAAGUCCACCGAGCUGAAGUCAGUUUGGUUCGCUGAAGGACAAACUCUAUGAUCUUUGUAGGAGAACAGUCGAAACGGAUGAGCAACGCAUAAAACAACUAAUCGAAAAAAUGGCUCAUCAAGAGGACAAUACUUGGAAGGUCUGUCGUUUUUUUAACUUUUCCUCAACCAGAUCCAUUUUUUGACAGGUGAAUGAUGAGUACAAAGAAAAGUAUGGCAUAAAAGACAAGUUUGCUCCCAUUUUCGGGGGGAAUGUCAGCAGACGGUCUUCGCUGGCCAACAUUCCUCUCAACACUUUGAGCGAGGUUCUUUACUUUUGAUGGAAUAUUGUAUCUGUUAUUUUUCGAAGGUGAUUGUGUUGGACGAUGAUGAUGAGCCAGAUUUGAAGGUUGUUCGAAGAUCUGGUUUGCCUCCCAGUUCGUCGAAGAUAUUCUCUCGAAACGGGCUACUCAAACGAGCAGAAGUUUUCCGGGACACUGAAGGGGACAAGAUUAGCUUUCAACCCAAGGAACCGAAACAAGAUUCUGAGAAAACGAAAGAAGUCGUCAAGAAUGGCGAAAAGAAAAAGAAGAAUAAAAAGGUUGAAGCUCCGUCUAAAGAGGUACUUAGUUUCUACUUUUUCAACGAAAAUAGGCUCAAUUUUUAGAACAUAUCGAAGUUUCUGCACAAAACUACAGCUGAAAAUUUUCAAAAUGAAGAAAACAAAAACGUGGAAAACCUGCUCGAGAAAUUUUCCAUGGCUUGGAAUAAGAGAGACCAAAAGGUUAGAAAACAGCUUUUUUUUUUCGAAAACUACCCUUGUUCCAAAUAUAUUGGUCCCAUGAUUCAAUUUCAGGCUUUUCAAAAGGUUGUCGAAAGCGCCGUGAAACAUUUGCCACUAGAAUCAUACGAAACAUUGCAAAAAGAAGUCUGGGUUUACGCGGUAAACGUGGAAAGUCGGCGUAAGAUCGAAGAAAGCGAAACGUGUGUGGAUUGCGAUAUUCAAAAAUAUACAGAGAGAAAAAGUUUGCAAAAAGAUUAUCUCAGAGAAAAAAGAGAGGAAGAAGAAGAAAGAAGUCCGAUGCGUACUGAGGUGUACAACGAGCGAAUCGAGAGUAUCAUUCGGAAUCAAUUUGUGAGUUCUCAAGAUUCCAUCCUGUUGGAUUGAGUGCCUAUCAGCUUUUUCUGGAGUCGACCGGGUUCUACAGCUUCAUUUCUGCUAACAAUUUUAUUUGACACAAAUUGACAAAAAAAAAUAUGGAUUUUGACUUUUUAAGAAAUUUAAAACAUAAUUUUUUUGAUGAGUCUGUCCGUAGAUGGAUCAUACGAAGUCCGAUGAUUUGUUUGUGUUCGGAGAGUCUACUUUCGUUCCUCCUGGUCAAGUUUUUGAAAAGAGCGAGAAGAUGAACGAGUGUGUCACUUUUCUGCUGCAUCUCUACUCCAUUCAAAGUUUCAUCAAGUUCUACGAAAGUUUGACUAUUCGUAAGUUUUUCUGAGCUUUUUGGGAAGUUUUGUUGGGAAUGGGGCAAAAUAACCGAAAAGGAUAAUCGAAUCAUUGCAAGAGGCGGUAGUGGGUGUGCAAAAUCCGUGAUCAGCAUUUUUUCAGUACUUUUCAAACGCUUUUUUUGCUUUUGUGCUUUUAAUUUUCCCGUUAACAGUUUGGAAGUAGUCUUAUUUUUGAUAAUUUAAAAGUUGCAAAAAAUCUAAAGUGACAAUGAGAACUCGAAAACCGCAAAUUUGUGUUCAUGAAUCCUAAUAUAAUCUAUGAAGCUUCUCUUGAUUUGUUUGUUUGAAUAUUAUUUAUUCAGUUAAUAGAUUAAAUCAUUCUGCGUAUAUUCAUAUUUUCAAGGAGAGUUUUACGAUGCUCUACGGGACUCAAAGAGUGGAUAUUUCCACAAGACUUGGAAAAUAUACGAAGCCCUUCUUCGCACUUUGUUGCACGAAAAGGAGUACUCGGUUGGUAGUCGAUUACUCACAAAAACCGAAAAAAAACCGUCGAAAUUCAGAAAAUUUCUCACUUCAAUGCGCGUCUAUAUGAGUUUGCUCUUACUCCGCACAGUUUGUCAGAAAUCUGCCACAGAUUUAUUUUGGCUACUGCCGAGCUUCAGUAAGUCCCUUUCCUAAUUUCUCUUGUCACUUGAAAAUCUCUUUAUUUGAAAGAAGUUCCUUCAGAGCUGGCGAUGAAGCUGAUGAAAAUGAAGGAGGAGAAACAAACGAUAAAAGCGCUGAAAACGUAAAAAAAAAGGCACCCUUCCAAUUUAAGCUUGUUUUUAAGAACGUUCGCGACGAGAUUUCAUCUUUUUUCAAAGCCAAUGUGCAUUUGUGGGAUCUCGAAGCUAGUCAGCAGAUGAAGGUUCUUCACUUUUUACGAGAGUCCAUCACCAGUCUUCGUUCGUAUUCGGUGACUUUGUUCUCGAAGUAAAUUGAAGUGUUCCUUUAAUAGAUCUAUGUGAGAGGAGAUGACAAUCCGGAAGGGCGAGUCAUGCGUUUACGCGCACAAAAGUUGACGGAUGAGGUUUGAAAGAACGAAAAGCGAAAAGAAGCUCUUAAAGAACCUUUUUUUCUCGAAAAGUAAGGAGCUGUGAAGGUUCAGACUUUCAGGAUCUCUAGUUGGUCCAACAAACGUGUUCUGGCGAAUUUUCAAAAAGUUCGCGCGAAUUGACCUUCCUUUUAAGACUUACCCAAUAGAUAGAUGAUCGCCACUCGAUAAAUUUUUGCAAAAAUUUUUUGCAGCUAGAUUCAAAAUUUUAUAUUAAUUAUUGAGUCUUUGGAAAAACGUAAAAAAAAUAAAUUAUUUUCGGAAUUAAAAUUUAUUCUCAGUGAAAGAUCUUUUUCUAGUGUCGAGAUUCAUAGCUAAUUAUGUUUUUCAGUUUUAUUUUGAGAUAUCCUUUUAAAUAAAAUUCUUAUCAGAUAAAAACGUUGCGAAAAGAAUUGACGGAACUGGAACCUGUGCCAGAAUCUCUGAGAACGCGAGAGAAGGAGCGCAGAGAAGCUGAACAUCUGAAGAAGGAGAACUCUAUAAAUCGACGCUUGGAGGUCGAGGAGCAAAAACUGAAGGAUUUAUUGGAGCAAAUUCAGGUUUUUUAUACGAUAAAUGCAACUCAUCAACCGAUCUCGUUAUUUUUAUCUCUUAUAUAUAUCGUUUUGCCCUAUUUUUAUCUUUUAGUUUUUGGGAAAACAUAACUUCACUUGGAAUAAUUGUCGAUUUUGUGCGUUUUCGAGUCCGAAAAAAAGUUGAAGUGUGUCUAGAUUGAAAGACAUCGUCAUCGGCAGUCGAAGCGUCUCGACUUCCUUGGACAGGACAGACAUUUCCGCAACUAUUUCCUGCUAAGCAAUUCUGUGGAGGCCGGAAUUUGGAUUCAAGAUGUGCUCAGAAGAUUUUUUGGAAAAAAGUGUACACAAUUUGGUUCAGGUCGGCCUCUCAGAGUACGAAAAGUACGUUCGAACUUGCGUUGAGAAGCGCGUCUGUCCGGAGGAUCCAAUCCUCGAGACGGGAGUCCCGCCUCCCCCGCCCGAUAGGUGAAAAAUAUUUAGUUGCGAAUUCAGUUUCCUUCUGAAAAUGUUUAAAAAGCUGACCUUGAUCAUGGUCAUGUGUCUGAAUUUCGUUAUUUUUUCAGAUUGGAUAUAACUGAGAUGUGGUAUAAAAUCGCGACGGUGCAAGCUUUCAACGACUUGAAGACGUCGCUGAAGAGAGAAGGAAAGCGUGAGAAACUUCUUCUUCAUGUUCGUUUGCAAGUUCAAAUCCCAUUCAAAGGCCUCAUUUCAGUCCAUCAAGAUGCACAAAUCCGCAAUCGAACCGAUAUUUCAGAAAGAGCGCUCCGUGUCCGUCAUGUAAGAUCCUACAUCACUUAGGAUUCAGUAUGAAACAUUUCAGACCUCUGUUCUCCAUCAAGCCGGAUGAGAGUUUGAAAGAAGAAGUUUUGACUAUUCUCAAAGAUCUGAAGGACGGUUUGUUGUGCUCCAUCGACAGUGUCGAAGACUUCGAGAAAGAAUUCCUGACCGACCUUUCGCUUGAUUCUUUUGUAAAUACUUAUUUUGCGAAUGAAUUGUAGUGAUCUCUCUUCAGAAAAGGGGAAUCACGAAAUUGGCUAAUUCGACAACCAAGAAGGCGAUCAUCGAGAGAUUCCCUAUGAACAUCGCGAAAAAAACUGGUUCCCUUUAUUUAUUUAUUUUUUAAUAUUUAUACUUUCUGUCGUCUUUUUUCUAUGAUGAUGGCAUAUCUUGAAAAAAAGUAGAUUCAAUUAGAAAAAGUAAAAAGAAGUCGUAUUUGACUCCUCGAACAAAGAUAGGCGGACUUCAGGCAGUUUCUCGGUGCUGCUCAUGAAUCGGUGGAUUGAUUGCGUCGAGAGGGCCGAAAACUUCUCGGCUCUCCAUUUGCUCGUCGACUACUUGAAAUCUCGAAUCUCUUUCAAAUUCUCAGCUUCCACGAGGGUUUGUUUUAUUUUUAAUUUUUUGCGCACAGCAAAAAAAAAUGCAUGCAUUGUGAGCAGUUGUAGAAUGUGAUCAGGAAAUCUUGCAGUGCCAUCUUUUUGCAUUUAACAUUUGUUUGCGACGAGCCUGAUCUCUUUCUCUCGCUCUCUUUUGAAAACAUGUUGGAGCGGCUUCGCGACCGCACGCUGCCCUUUUGCAUAAAAACUAGUGUGGCAAUUAUUGUUCGAUUGAAUUAUUUCAUGAGGAAUCGUAGAAGGCAAUAAAGACAAAACAUGAAGAAUCAAGUUUUGUUCGAUUUUUUUUUUUCGAAUGGUGAUCGGUAUUUGGUUUUCAGCCAUGCCGAGGCUGCUUUUCCAAUCGCACAAUAGAUGAAAAGAUCAUGUGCGCAGAAUGCAUGAGAGUCAUGCAUUGGACUUGCGUCCGGCCUCGACUUCCCGUGAAGCCACAAGAGUGAGUCUCCAUUUUGUCUCUCUCCGAGAUCUUUCCCAUAAAUCCGUUUGAUAUCGUUUUCAGGUGGCUGUGUGCGGUGUGCAAGCAAGCCGAGGAGCGCAGAAAUCAGGAGGAAAGCGAUUUCGACGAGGAAAAUAGCGACGAGGAGGCUGACGAAGAGGUCGCUUAAUAUUUCAUUAUCAAGCUUUUUGAAUAUUAUAUUAUUGAAAUGAGGUCGUUUUUUUUCUAAGAGAAUCAGAGGAAGGCUUUUUAUUCUCCUAAAAACUAUAGAGUGACUGAGAUUUUACAAACUUUUCUUAAAAAUCUGAUAUGCCUAUAUCCCCAGGUUUGAUGUUACUUGGUUUGCAGUAAUUUCAGGAAUAACCAAGAGAGAGUUUUUUAUCUUACACCGACUUCAAUCAAUCAAUAAUUUAUUUUAUGGUUUUAGUCAGAUGCAAUAGACAAGGCGGUGAAUGAGAACUUUCGAAGCUAUAACGAAAAACCGCCUUUGUUGAACGAGAAGUCCAAACGUGUAGUUGAUCAAGUUCAAAGCAUGGUCUUACGGUCCUUCGUCUCGUUUUUCUGCCCGUAGUCCAUCCAGUUUCGCCUUGCCGAGCUCAGAGUUUAGCGGAUCUUGUGCUGGAAUUCGGAGACCGUGCUCUAGGUGAAAAAGACUUUGGAAGAGGGCCAAAGUAAAACUGCCCAUCGGAUCUGACUACGAGAAGCUUCAUUUACGCACAUUUUCCGUUAAUAGACGGUCACUGAAUGAGAAAUGAUACCCGUUUUUAUGUAUUUUUCUUUAGAUUUCAAAGGUACUGAGUCCCAAGUUCUAAAAUAUCAAGCGUGAAACAAAAAAAUUGGGAUUUAUUUAUGAAAGCUAACUUUCAGAAGCGGGGAAGAAACAAGCGAGCACUGAGUCGAAGCCAAAAAGAUGAUUCUGAAGCAAAAAGAUCAAAGAAAGUUGUCUCGGUAGGUUUGAUUCUGCAGCAAAAAUUUCCAAAAAGUGGUAGAUCUUCAGUAUGUGACCUUGAAUGAGUUCAAAGGUUCAUACUACAUUUCUUCAACUUUUAUUAAAUACUGCAUAUAAGCUUUGGGUUCCAGGAAUCAAUUUUGAAGUUUUUUCGUCUGAAAUGUCCUACAAACAACCUCUUUAUACUUCUCUCUUCACCCUAACUGGACUUUUGGCAUUAUUAAGGAGGUGGCGGACUUUUUCGAAGGGAUGCGGCUUCAGAAUCCGCGACUUUUCCGCACUCUUCAGACUGUCAACAUAUCCUCUCACAGCAUCCGCAGUGGUUUAAAAAGUCUGAAAGACAUCGAAGAAAAUUUAGAUUCAGUGAGUUAUUUUUUUCACUAUUUAAAUUUAAACUUUUUUUCCAGUACUCUGACAUUAAGGCGUUGAGAAAAGACUUGGGGAAGUUUCUGAAACAAGCCGCCGUCCUACUACAGGUUAUAAUUAUGAAACAUUUUUGCGACCAUUAAUAAAACCGUUUUUGUUUUUGUGAACUUCAUACAGACUUUGAAUGGAUUUUUAUUUUUUAGGAUCAAAACUAUCGCAAAUUCGACGAGAUGGAGGAAUAUCUCAAAGCUUUCUUUACUGAGUGA